AUGUAUAAAAUUCAUAUUAGGGACAUGGAGGUUUGGUGUAUUAGACAUGUGGAUCAAAUUAUUAGAUAUACGGGUUCAGACAGUAGUCGCGACGAUAUUGUCGCUGCUGAGGAGACUCGUUGCCCCUCCACAUCGCCGGCUACUGUAAAUGCACACCCUCCCGCGCAACAGCCUAUGUUUCCGGCUAUAAGUAAUACGGAGCAAAGUAUGGAACAGGCUACGAAUAUGCAGACGGCUGAGCUGCAAUCGCCCUCGAAUACUGGAGCGCCGAAUCUUGGUUCAUCUGACCACGGUGAGGCAGAAGAAGUAAGUGACUGUGAGACUAGGGAGUAUGAAAAGGACAACAUUGCCCCCGUAGAAAGGCCUAUGGCAGAAACGGAGGCUGUGCCGUCCACAAUUGGCGAUUCCCAUGUACCGCCAACAUUGCCACUUUUAGCCACACGCCCGAAACGUACAAGACCAAGGGUGGAUUAUAAAAAGUAUUUUUAA